UCAGUUUCCAUACUUUUCUUCGGACUAGAUCACAAUGGUCGCAUUUGCUGACCUCUCACUCUCCUUUCUUUUUGGCCUCACUGGCCUCACAGCACGCCAUGAUGAUACCUCAUCAGAAUCUCGCCAUGCAGCAAAUGUCAUUCGAAGUCCAGUUUGCGAGCAGAUCGCAUCGGAGGUCUCGUCGAGCUCCGUAGUGUAUUACACCGGCUGUCCUCAAUAUCUCAAGGACAAUUAUCACUGGUCUGCGUCUAGUACUCAAGACUCUCAAUGUACCUUUGAGCCUGCAACAACUGAUGAUGUUGCAAUCGCGCUUCGAAUUUUGGGACAGACGCAGACACAAUUUGGAAUUAAAAGUGGAGGACACGCCGCAAAUGCAGGCUUCUCUUCAACCCCAGGCGUCCAAAUUGCGAUGUAUUCCUUUUCGGAUGUUGUGUACGAUUCCACCGCACAAACAGCAACUGUGGGCACAGGUUUACUAUGGGACGACGUUUAUGUCGCACUGCAACCCUAUAACGUGACUGUCGUGGGCGCAAAAGUUACUGGCAUUGGAGUGGGAGGCGUUGUUUUGGGAGGAGGAUAUUCGUAUCUGACUAAUCAACAUGGCCUGGGCUUCGACAACGUCGUAGCUUUCGAACUUGUUUUGCCCAAUGGCACAGUGACUGAUGUAUCAGAUUCCACAAAUCCAGAUCUGUUCUUUGCCUUGCGGGGUGGAUUCAAUAAUUUUGGUAUCGUGACGAGGGUUACUGUCAAAACGUAUCCUCAGUCUCUAGUCUGGGGCGGACGUAUCUCGUAUUCGCAUGACCAAUGGGAUGCCGCAACCGCAGCUAUUGCCCACUACGCGGCGAAUCUCACCGAUACAAAGGCAUCCAUAUACAACACCUAUAACUACGUCGCUGGAGUGGCUGAAGAAUCGACCAUCCUCUUUUAUGAUGCUCCAACACGCCCUUAUGACAUAUUUGAAGACUUCUUGACAGCUCCUCAUAUCGAAAAAGACAUUGGUACCAGAUCCUACGUAAAUCUCGUGCAGUCUCUUCCCUUAAAUGUUACUUCUGGGCUUAGAUCCGUGUUCCAUUGGAUAGCAAUGGAGGAGGUUACAGUGCCCGUGUUGGACAUGAUUGCAAACGAGACACUGUACUGGGGCGCAGAAUUGGAAAAAUCCAGUGCUAAAAUCGUCUCAUACGACGUGGACAUCUACGUACCCUCGCUCUACGACCACGUCGCUUCGCCGACCGCAUACCCAGCAUCACGAGACAAAGGCUACUCAUUCAUCGAAGUAUACUAUGGUUGGUCGGAUGCGCAGUAUGACGACGCGAUAUUCAAAGCUGUCAACGCAAGCGGCCAGCAUAUGAUACAGGCACUCACGGAUCUUGGCCAGAACAUCGCAGACGUUCCCGUAUACCCGAACAACGCGCCUCCCAACACGAGUUUAGACAGAAUGUAUGGCGUUAACGUACCUCGUUUGCAAGAGAUCAAGAAGGCUGUCGAUCCGGAUAAUGUCAUGGGAUUGUCGGGCGGCUGGAAAUUCUAGACUCGUUGGUUCGAAUAUAGAAGACAACUUCAAUGUAGAUUCACAUUCGUUUUCACCUAUCUACUUAUCUACACUGGAGCCCUUUAUAAUGGCGGCCAUAGAGCACAUAUUACGACGUAUAUGCAGCCUUUGUUACCUUUCUCAUCGGGUGCAAGCCAACAUCGGUCAGGUCAACUGUCGUAGGUUGACAUUGUCAAUAUAGGUCACAAAA